CUUGCGCGCUGCGUAUCACGUGACUCCAAGAUGGCGAAAACCUUAGAAGACAAAGCUAUUUGGGAAGAUGGAGAGGAAUCUCUUGGUGAAGAGGUUAUGCGAAUGUCCACAGAAGACAUUGUCAACAGAACUAGACUACUUGACAAUGAGAUCAAGAUAAUGAAGUCAGAGGUCAUGAGAAUCUCACAUGAGCUGCAGGCUAUGAAAGAGAAAAUAAAAGAAAACACAGAGAAGAUAAAGGUCAACAAGACAUUGCCAUAUCUCGUUUCCAAUGUUAUAGAGCUCUUAGAUGUUGACCCACAAGAACAGGGAGAAGAAGAUGGAGCAAAUAUUGAUCUUGACUCACAGAGAAAGGGGAAGUGUGCUGUCAUCAAGACAUCUACAAGACAGACUUACUUUUUGCCAGUGAUAGGACUUGUUGAGGCAGAAAAGCUCAAACCAGGAGAUCUUGUGGGUGUGAAUAAGGAUUCCUACCUUAUCCUUGAGACACUGCCCCAAGAGUUUGAUUCUCGUGUGAAGGCAAUGGAAGUGGAUGAGAGGCCGACAGAGCAGUAUAGUGAUGUUGGAGGAUUAGAUAAACAAAUUCAAGAGUUGAUAGAAGCUGUUGUUCUGCCAAUGACUCACAAAGACCGCUUUACUGCUUUAGGAAUACAGCCACCUAAAGGAGUAUUGUUGUAUGGCCCCCCUGGUACAGGCAAAACCUUGCUAGCCAGAGCUUGUGCUGCACAGACUAAGUCCACUUUCCUAAAGUUGGCUGGACCACAGCUUGUCCAGAUGUUCAUUGGUGAUGGAGCCAAACUUGUAAGAGAUGCAUUUGCUCUGGCCAAAGAGAAAACUCCUGCUAUUAUUUUUAUUGAUGAGUUAGAUGCCAUUGGUAAGGAAACAUUUAGUUUUAGUUUUUUGACAGCAUCUCUUUUAGUAAAUUAA